AUGCUGCUGAUCAACUGCUGGUCCAUACUCGCAGUGCAGCACUUUCUGGGCUCGAAGCCCGCUCUGGAGCGCGUUGUGGCAAUAUCAGCGGACGCAGCGAUCUCCAUCGCCAUGUGCGUCAUCGUGCCUUGUAUGCUGGUGGCUCCGUACGCCAACGCCAUGGACACCGUGUUUAUCACGAGGUUGAUGCUCGAGUUCCAGCUCACCUUCGCCUCCGGUCUGACGGACUUCGCGUCCGAAUCGCACCUGACCUUCAUCGAGGGCUGUCGCGCCUUCACCCGCCCGUGGUUCACUGGUCGUUCUUCCUGCGUGAGCCUCGUUAUCAACUGCCACGCUCGAGACAUCGAGUCACCGGACGACGGUCUCCUCGAUGCCAUUGAUGAGACCGCGCUAGCCACGCUCACAUUUACGCACUGUCCCGGUCUGAACAUCCCCCCAGCGAUCCAGAGGUUCAGCAACCUCAUGGUCUUCCACAUCUACAACUCGACCAUCACCGAGUGGAGUGGAGACGCGAACUCCAUCUCGGCCACCGCCCACCCUCGCCUAUUCGUCACUGCAGUCGCCCGACCGCACUUCCCAUUGGGGUUCCCAGCGGGACUGUUGCAGCCGCUUCCGGACUCGCUACUCAGCAUCCAGUUCUGCGUCACGGACGUCACUUCACUGCCGGACGACCUCCCAGCUCGCUGGCAUCCCAUGGCUGUUGUAGCCUUCGAGUACGGAGAACUCACUGAGAUCCCAGCGUCGCUACUGUCGCUGCAAGUGUUCACUCUGUCGCUGAAAGGCAACAGGAUCGAGACCAUCCCGCAACUUAUGGAGAUGGCUCCAGACUUGGAGGUCCCCGAGCUGUCGCUGACUGAAAACCCGCUGAAGGAGCUGCCCGAUAAGUUGGGAGCCCCCACGACGUUCAUCGACCGGUUGGACCUGCAGGGAACCAACUUGACCACGCUGCCGGCCUGGACGCAGACGCAGGUGCGCAAGACCAACUACAUGCGCGGAACUCCGUACUGCGCCACGGUGGCGACGGAGCUCUUGCCUGCCAAUUCCAAGGUGUCGGAUCUUGCGCUGAUGGCCGCGGGUGGCUUCAUUCCGAUGUAA